UCAUUCGAAGCUACUGUACACGCACACAAUCGCAUCGGCACCACCUCACUCCAGCACAUACUUCCCAGGCCAUUGGGCAGGACAGUCCCAAAUAGCCCACGAUGGCAGACAAAGAAGACCGCAUGAUAAUCGGCACAAACCGCACACCCACAAAUCCGACACCGUUAUCCGCGCCCCAAGAACAACAAGUCAAGGAUCUAUACUACAAGAACGUCCGCGCGAAAUGCGCAAAGGAGAUUGAAACAUUCGCCCAAUGCGCCCUCGGCCGUACCUUCACCAUGAUUUACGCGUGCCGGCCCUCCCGCCUUGCCAUGAACUCCUGCAUGCUACAAUACCAGAACCAAGACGAGCUCGACAAAGCGCGGUUAGAAUGGUUUGCUCUGGCGGAAGAGAGGAGGCAAGCAAGGAUAGAACAUCAGAGGAGACUGGAGGAUGCGAGGGAGAAACAUAAGGAAUGGUGGAAUUUGGAUGAGAGUGGGCGGACCCUGGGGAAGAAGGCGGAAACGGUCACUGAGGCGGGGCUGAGAAGGAAGGAAGAGAAUAGGGUGGAUGAUAGGGGGGUUACUAGGGGUGGGGUUUAUGGGUCAAGAUGAGGAGUGCAUGGGGCAUGGUGAGGGACACCAGCGGAACACGCCCACUGGUAUGGCGGCGCUCGUCGGCCUGUUGCGUGGAUGGGGAAUGGAGCGGAUGUAUAUUGUAUGAUAACGUGUAAAUACUCGCCCGCAUUUCAACGA